AUGAGCACUACUUUCCCAUAUUCUCGAUUCCGGCCCUGUGGAGGUGAACAUUCGUGACCUCACACAGCUGGGACAUUCAAAGACGGCCAGAAAGGUCAGUAUUGUCUCUUUCUCUCUCUCGAUCAGAAUUGACAUCGUGCGGCGCCGACGAAGAGAAUCCCAGACUACAAGGGACCGUCUGCUGCUGAAUCGAGUGACGAAGAAGAUGAGGAAGAAGAUGAGGAAGAGGACGAGGAAGAAGAUGAGGAGGAAGCUGUGGCCCCAGUGAAACAUCGUGCGGCGCCGACGAAGAGAAUCCCAGACUACAAGGCUCCAUCUACGGCUGAGACUGAAACAUCGGACGAAAGCAGCGACGGAGAGAGCGGAAUGACGGAUGUGACGACGAAUUCGGCCGUUCGCUACUACGAGCAUCUGCUGCACGGCUACAGAAGACUUUGUGGUGGACAGCAGACGUCUGGCGAAGAUGAGGAAGAGUCGGAGAAGCCGAAGAGAACCGGCAACUGCAUGGCCGAGUGGACGAAUGAGAACGGAAAGAGAGAGGCUUGUGAAGACGAUGGUCCGGCGGAAAAGAGAAAGAGGUACUUCUAA